CUGGAGAUCUUCCCCAACGGCACGGUGCAGGGCACCCGGCAGGACCACAGCCGCUUCGGGAUUUUGGAGUUUAUUAGCCUGGCAGUGGGGCUGGUGAGCAUCCGUGGGGUGGACUCAGGACUCUACCUCGGCAUGAACGAGAGAGGGGAGCUGUAUGGGUCGAAGAAGCUGACCCGGGAGUGCGUCUUCCGCGAGCAGUUUGAGGAGAACUGGUACAACACCUACGCCUCCACCCUCUACAAGCACCCCGACUCUGAGAGGCACUACUACGUGGCUCUGAACAAGGACGGCUCCCCCCGCGAGGGGUACAGGACUAAGAGACACCAGAAGUUCACUCAUUUCUUACCCAGGCCUGUGGACCCUGCUAAAAUACCUGCCAUGUACAGAGACCUCUUCCACUACAGGUGA